AUGGAAGUUGAGCCAACACAGGAGAUUUAUUAUGAAGUUGAAAAUCGUCGUUUUAAGAAAGAAGGUAACACGGAUGCGGAUAAUUUGGGACAUGGUGCGUAUGGGUCUGUCACGCGCCGAAUAGACUUACAAACAAAACAACGAGUUGCGGUGAAACGAUUUGACUUAGGACAAAAAGACAAACAGAUAACGGAGUCGUUUGAAGAGUUUCCUUUAGAAAUCUUACGUGAGAUCAAAGUGUUGCGGGAGCUUCAGCACGACAACAUAGUCCCCGUUGUCGACUUCUAUUUCCAUCGAAAUGAAUUGUUUAUGGUGAUGGAGUAUGAGCCAAGUGAUUUACAGCAAGAGAUUCAUGACAAGACCGAGUUAAAAAAUGACCCGCAGCGAAUACAAAAGUAUUUACAUAUGAUUCUGUCUGGUGUGGGUUAUCUCCAUGCCAAUUUCUUACUUCACCGGGAUUUGAAGCCAGCAAAUAUAUUGGUUUCAAACAACGAUAUCUUGAAAAUAGCAGAUUUUGGAUCGGUGAGGCCAUUUGGAAGUAGUUACGACCAAUUCACAAAAGGUGUUAUAACCCCAUACUAUAGACCACCAGAAGUUUACUUUGAAGCACCUAUAUAUGGCCCAGCAGUCGAUGUCUGGAGCAUCGGGUGUAUCUUCGCCGAAAUGUGUAGUGGACAGAUCCUCUUUUGUGAUGAACGGUCGAUAGUCUCUUCGAUGUAUCAAAUAUUGGGAACACCAAACAGUGGACCUUCGACGAAAUGGGAGGGCGUCGAUAAGAUGAAAGGGUAUAAUAAGCCUCUCCAAGAGAUAUCAAUAUCGUCCCUUCAUAGAUACGUCAACAUCGAAGGCGCUGGCUUUGAUUUACUCCAGAAGAUGUUACGGUAUGACCCCAAUAGAAGGGUUUCGUGUGAGAAAGCGCUGAGCCACCAAUAUUUCAGUGAUAUGAUCCAGUUUGAUUGA